CCCAAACGCAUGGCAACCCUCGCUCGAGCCUUCACCCCCACUAGCGAAACUCAUGGUUUCCAGUAUGUGUACAUUCCCAGCAAGUUCCGCAUGAAAACCAAGGCACUUCGCCAAACUCUCCGCACUCUCGGUUUUGACAAUUCCCGAAUCCUUGAUGUCCACUAUCCGGACCGUCAGGUGGUCGCCUUGCUCAUCCACAAUGACUACCAUGAUACACUGGUUGCCUCUUUUGCUCGUCACAACAUUAACCCACUCAAGGACUUCAACCCCCGCGACCCAUCACACUUGCGUGACCCCAAGUUUGUUGGUCUGUCCUUAGAAGAUCGCCAGCGUGAAGCCAAUCAGAUCCAUCUUCAACGUCUCGAACGCGCACUCCAGUUCAUUCGUGAACCUGUCAAAUUCGCUGUCGCUCGCUCCUUCCACAGCCAACAGUGGAUUGAUGAUGAUAUGCUUCGCUUCUUCCUCCAAUCGCGCACC